AUGAAGACUGCUUUCAUUUUGCUCAGCAUUUUGGGAAUGGCCUGUGCUUUCUCAAUGAAAAAUUUGCAUCGAAGAGCCAAACUAGAGGAUUCUGAAGAAAAUGGGGUCUUUAAAUACAGACCACGAUAUUAUCUUUACAAGCAUGCCUACUUUUAUCCUGCUCUGAAACGAUUUCCAGUUCAGGGCGGUAGUGACUCAUCUGAAGAAAAUGAAGAUGGUGAUAGUUCAGAAGAGGAGGAGGAAGAAGAGGAGGCUUCAAAUGAAGAAGAAAACAACGAAAAUUCUGAUGAAAAUGAAGAUGAAGACUCUGAGGCUGACAACACCACAGUUUCUGCUAUAACACCUGACUACGGAGAGGUCACACCUGGAACGGGGUUGGCUGCAAUCCAGCUGCCCAAGAAGGCUGGGGCUAUGAGAAGCAAAGCUACAAAAAAGGAGGAAAGUGAUGAAGAAGAAGAAGAGGAGGAGGAGGAGGAGGAAGAGGAAGAAAACGAAGAAAACGAAGCAGAGGUGGAUGAAAACGAGCAAGGCAUUAAUGGCACCAGCUCCAACAGCACAGAGACGGAGGGUGGCAAUGGCAGCAGUGGUGGUGACGACGGAGAAGAAAGUGUCACCGGAGCCAGCGCAGAAGGAACUGCCACCUCUCCAUACGGUGGGUUUCAGCCCACAACCCCACCACCGGGGGUCUAUGGGACCAGCCCCCCACCAUUUGGGAAAACCACCACUGCUGCCUACGAGGGUGACUACGAACAGACAGGCACCAGCGAGUAUGACAACGGGUACGAAGUCUAUGACAGUGAGAACGGGGAGCCUCGUGGCGACAAUUACAGAGCCUACGAGGAUGAGUACAACUACUUCAAAGGGCAGGGCUACGACGGCUACGAGGGUCGGGAUUACUACUACCACCAGUGA